GAGGAAGGAUGUCUAUCAUCACAUGCCUAGUGCUUCGAUUCCAAAUUCUCUCACGACGUCCUACACGACAAAAACAACUGUCGUUUACCACCCCCAACCCAAAACUGGAAACUCGCCGAGCCAAUCAAACCUUCGUCCUCUCUUUCAGCGUAUUCCACACACUCUUCUUCCUCCUGAUGCUCCAAUCAGCUGCAAUCGUUACAUAGUGUGAAAUUACCCUUUUACCCCGUCAUUUGAGACCCACGCCCUACGCCGCCGCCACUACUGCUGCUGCCGUUUGAAUUCAUGUAUAACAAAUUCAGAAUUCUAGGGUUUCUCUGCUCUGGUCUUAUUCUUGGUACUGGAUAGUGGAUAAAUGCUAAUCCCUGGAAUCAUAGGGUUCCAAACCCUUUUCGCUGUCUUUCUGUCGGUUAUUUUCUUUUGGAUACACCAUAAGUGGCGCAAUGCGGUGGCCAGGAAGGAGGAGAUCAAGAGGCUUGUUGAUAUUGUAUCCAAGGAGUCUACAAUGGUUGAGUUUGAUGCUAUUUAUGAAUACAAGUCGUUGCCCAGGCUGCAUCAAUGCGCUGUGUGCUUCUGCCCCACCACUACCCGCUGCUCCCGAUGUAAAUCUGUCCGCUACUGUUCUGGUAAGUGUCAAAUAAUUCACUGGAGACAAGGUCACAAGGACGAAUGUCAACCCUUAACUGCCGCCUUGCAUUUGAAACAGGAAAGCGAAUUUUGUGAGGGAGCUUCUUCAGAAAAACAAUCUGAAAUGCAUGUUGCAGAAAGGGAAUUAUUAGCUAAUGUUUCUACCAAUAAAGAACUUGUUUAUAGUAGCAGUACCACUGGCAGAUCAGAGAGAUCUUCUGAUAUGCCUGACACUAGGGUUAGUUCUAAGGAAAUUCAAGAACCUAAAUUGCCUCCUCCAAAGUCUACCAAAUCCAUCACUUGUGUAAAUGGUGUUUCUCAUCCAAGUAAAUUAAAUAAGAUGAAACCCAGCUAUAAUGAUGAAGUGGUUGGUAAGUCUCAGGUUCUUAAUGGUAAUGCCAUGAUUGAUGAAAUCUGGCCAGCAAAAUUGGGCCACAAGAAGUCCAACAGAAGAGCUGCAUUAUCAGAAACGUUAGUUGCAGAUUCUUCUAACUGUAAGAGUUCAACAUCUUUAAAUUCAAAAUUGGAUUCUGUAAGUGAUGAUGGGGAAGAUGAUUCACCAAUGUGCAAGGGUAAAGAUGCAAGAUCUUUGUCAUUUAACGCGUCAGGUGAUCAUUCACAAGAUGCUUCUAAUGGCUUGAGAAAUUCUGUAUGGAGAAAAGUUCAGCAGUUGAGAGCGAAGCAAUCCCACAAUUAUGAGAUAAUCUUUUCGUAUGAACUUUUUGUGAAACUUUACUCUUGCAGUGAAGAACUAAGCCCAUUUGGGCUCACGAAUUGUGGGAAUAGUUGUUAUGCUAACACAGUGCUCCAAUGCUUGGCAUUUACUCGGCCUCUCACUUCCUACUUUAUUCUCCAGCUCCACUCCAAUGCGUGUCGAAAGAAGGAAUGGUGUUUCGUUUGUGAAUUUGAAUUUUUAAUACUGAAGGCAAGGGAAGGGGAGUCCCCCUUGUCACCAAUUAGGAUUUUAUCCAAAAUACAAAAAAUUGGAAGUCAUCUUGGUCAUGGGAGAGAAGAAGAUGCUCAUGAAUUCCUAAGGUAUGCUGUUGAUACAAUGCAGUCUAUAUGCCUCAAGGAAGCUGGAGCUAUGGGCACAUUGGCAGAAGAAACGACUGUAGUAGGACUGACAUUUGGGGGUUAUCUUCGAUCUAAGAUAACUUGCAUGAGGUGCCUUGGGAAAUCUGAGAGAUAUGAACGGAUAAUGGAUUUAACUGUGGAGAUAGACGGUGACAUUGAGACUCUUGAAGAAGCUCUUGCACAAUUUACAGCAGAUGAAGUGUUGGACGGAGAGAACAAGUACAAUUGCAGCAGGUGUAGAUCCUAUGUGAAAGCUAAAAAGAAAUUGACAGUAUUAGAGGCACCCAAUAUCCUUACAAUUGUGUUAAAGCGAUUCCAGUCUGGUAACUUUGGGAAGCUGAACAAGUCAGUUCGGUUUCCUGAGGUCCUUAACCUGGCUCCAUACAUGCGUGGAAAAAGCGAUAAAUCUCCUCAGUACAGUCUUUAUGCAGUGGUUGUUCACAGGGAUAGGAUGAAUGAUACAUCUACUGGUCAUUAUGUCUGUUACAUAAAGACUUCCCAUGGUGAAUGGUUUGGGAUUAAUGACAGUGAGGUAAUGCCUGUAGAAUUGGAGAGAGUCUUAUUGGAAGAGGCAUAUAUGCUCCUUUAUGCUAGGCACUUUCCUAGAGGCCCGGCUGUACUGACUUUAGAGACUCAUGGUUUGAAGUCUAAGAAAAGGAACUUGGAAGCUGUUCCUUCCCGCCUCAGUACUUCAAAGGUGAGGUCUAACUCCCAGUGUGCAAGCACUGAUCCAUCAAAGGCACAACAGAAGCAUGGCAAAUACCCAUACUGGACAACUCCAGAUGAUUUCACCGGCUAUAGGUUGCGUGAUCUAGAUGAUUGGAGAUUCCAGCCUGUGGAUUCGUCUAGUGAGAGUUCUUCACUUUUCAGCUGGUCUGACGCGAGUUCUUGCAGCACUGCGAGUACCAAGGACUCGGUGAAGAGUGAAGACUUCUCUGAUUUCCUAUUUGGGGAAGUGGGACCUGGUUGGUACGGCCGCCCUGGGAUUGCAGGGGAUACAGUUGCUCCUUCCUUGUACAGGAAUGUUGAUGCAGACUUGCAUGGGAGAAGUUAGAGUUGAAGACGAGCACACAAAGAUGACUGGGAAUGGGAUGUGGGAGGGCGUUCUAAUCCUGCAUUCUUGUACACUGAUACAAGUUAAAAAGUAAGAAAAAGAUUGUUGGAAGUUGACAGUUGAUACUUCAGUUUUGGUAGUUUGUAACAGUAGGUAAGCUGACUUGGAACAAUAGUGUAGGCCGCUAACCCCUCUCCAUAUGAGAUAUGGUGGUGUAGAAUUAGGAGGAGCAUUGUGGGAAUAUAUCAACUCAAACAUUUUGUUGAGGUUUGGGUUGAGAUGAAUUUAAGCUUCUAGAUUGUUUAUCUAUGUGGAAUAUAUAAAAUAAUUCUUUUUUCUGUCUUUUCCA